GUUGAAUCAAGCAAAUUAAACACAGAAAGAAAGAAAGUUGUAGAUAACUAGAAGAGAAGAUCAUGGGAAGCCCGAUGGGGCCAAGGCAGUGGCCUCAACUGAUCACACUGGCAAUGGCACUUUGCCUAGUUGCAAUCAGUGUUAGUGCUGAUUAUAGCCCUUAUGCAUACCAAUCUCCACCUCCGCCAUAUGUGUACAAGUCACCUCCUCCUCCGUCUCCCUCACCACCACCUCCUUAUUACUACAAGUCUCCCACCUCCACCCACCCUCUCCAUCACCACCUCCACCAUAUGUGUACAAGUCACCUCCUCCUCCAUCUCCCUCACCACCACCUCCUUAUUAUUAUAAGUCUCCGUCUCCGCCUCCACCAUCUCCGUCACCACCUCCACCAUAUGUGUAUAAGUCACCUCCUCCUCCAUCUCCCUCGCCACCUCCAGCAUAUGUGUAUAAGUCACCUCCUCCUCCAUCUCCCUCACCACCGCCUCCUUAUUACUAUAAGUCUCCACCUCCACCAUCUCCAACACCACCACCUCUAUAUGUGUAUAAGUCACCUCCUCUUCCGUCUCCCUCCACCACCACCACCUCCUUAUUAUUAUAAGUCUCCACCCCCACCUUCUCCAUCACCACCACCUCCAUAUGUGUACAAGUCUCCACCUCCACCAUCUCCUUCACCUCCUCCACCAUAUGUAUACAAGUCUCCCCACCACCCCCAUCUCCAUCACCACCACCUCCAUAUAUUUACAAGUCCCACGCCCCCGCCUCCACCAUCUCCUUCACCACCCCCUCCUUAUGUCUACAAGUCCCCACCUCCACCAUCCCCCUCACCUCCUCCGCCGUAUGUUUAUAAAUCACCACCACCUCCAUCUCCUUCACCACCGCCUCCAUGUAUACAAGUCCCCACCUCCACCAUCAACUUCUCCUCCACCUUACUACUAUAAAUCACCUCCUCCGCCUCCUCCUCAUGUGUACUAGUGAUCCUCUGGUAAAGUUUAAUAAGCUUGCUCUUAUCAACCCUAUUUGAAUUGUUUUGGUGAUAAUUUUAUACCCAUUAUUUCUGUUUGUAUUCAAUACUUUCAUUGAUAAUAGGGUUUACAAUAAAGUGAAUAUCUUAUAAUGCAUCCCUUGUUGUGAUUAUGCAUGUAAUACCAUUUGUACAAUGUUAUCGAGUGAAUAAUACAGAAGAGUUUGAUUUCUUGAUUUA